CCCUUCUCUCCACGCCGCGGCAGGACCGUCUGUUGAGCUGGUGAAGGCAGCGUCACGUUUCCCUUUGUGCAUCCUCCGCGCUUCCACCUGUGCUCGCGGACGGCGCUCAUGGAGCACAUCCACACGCCCUCCAUGGAGUAAUAACAAUAUUGGACUUACAUCUCUGCCGUUUUUUGUUGACUCCUCCUCAACGCCGGGGAUGUAAAGUUUGGAUAAUGCUCCCGCUCAACACCCUGGAUUUCUAAUCUCGCGACCAUCGUACUCUAUCUACCACAAGUGGACCGAAAUAUGGACUAUUUAUUCUUUUAAAACAUACAUUCACAAUGGGGUUGUUACAGCUAUUCCUGGUUUCCUGCAUAUUCUGCGCGUUCUCAGUGCAAGCUUUUGGGGUCGACCCAGCUCUGCGCGUCAGUGUGUUGGAUGAACUCAAGCCCGGAGAUGGAUUUGAUGGAGUUACUCAGGUCCAAGGCUUCCAUAAAGAGUCAAGAGCAUUCCACUUCCAAGGUUCUUCCAGGGAAGUGAAAGCUCCCGCUGGGGUCUCGGAGCAAAUCGUCCGCAAGCUGAGAGGAAAGAAUGAGUUCACCAUGCUGGUGACCCUCAAGCAAGAGCGCCUCAACUCGGGGGUGAUCCUCUCCAUCCAUCAGUCGGAGAACAGGUACCUGGAGCUGGAAAGCAGUGGCCAGCGCAGUGAGGUGCGCCUCCACUACCGCACCAAAGGCCUCCAGGCCCAUACUGAGGUGUUUCCCUACAGCCUGGCUGACGACCAGUGGCACAAAGUCUCUGUUGCCGUCAGUGCCUCUCAUGUCAUCCUACACGUGGACUGCAAUAGAAUCUACGAGCGGGUGGUGGAGCCCCCUGACAUGGACAUUCCGGAGGACGCCUCCUUCUGGCUCGGUCAGAGAAAUUCCGCUCAUGGAUUCUUUAAGGGGGUGAUGCAGGAUGUUGAAAUUGUGGUAAUGCCACAAGGAUAUAUCUCCCAGUGUCCAGACCUGAACAGAACAUGUCCCACCUGCAAUGAUUUCCACGGACUUGUACAGAAGAUUAUGGAGCUGCAGGAUAUCCUUGCUAAAACAUCCAGUAAGCUGUCCAAGGCCGAGGAGAAGAUGAAUGGGCUGGACGGCUGCUAUUGUGAAAGGACCUGCAGCGUCAAGGGGAUGGUCUACCGGGAGGACGAGGGCUGGACAGAUGGAUGCAGGAACUGCACGUGCAUAAACGGCACGGUGCAGUGCGAGGCCAUCUCCUGCCCUCCUCCUCAGUGCCUGGCGGGCACAUUGCCGGCCUAUAUGAAGGGCGCCUGCUGCAAGAAGUGUCAGCCUGUCUGCCUGUUUGGUGGAAGGGAGCUGGUGGAGGGCGAUCAAAAGGCUGUGCGCGACUCCUCGGGCAGGUGUCUGCUGUUUGAGUGCAAGGACAGGACGAUGCAUCGAGUUGUCCCCAGCGAACCAUGUCCCGAACUACCAUGUCCUGAGUCUGAGCAGAUCUCCUUGAGUGACAGAUGCUGCAAAGUUUGUAGAGGUCAUGACUUCUGCUCAGAGGGCCAUAGCUGCAUGGAGCAUUCCGAUUGCGUCAACCUGGAGGCCGGUGACUGCUGCGUUUGCAAGGACGGAUUCCGACCCCUGCGAGAUGAUAACGCCUACUGUGAAGAUAUUGAUGAGUGUGCUGAAGGGAAGCACUACUGCAGGGAGAAUACCAUGUGUGUUAACACACCCGGCUCCUUCAUGUGCAUCUGCCAUACGGGCUACAUCAGGAUCGAUGACUAUUCCUGCACAGAGCACGACGAGUGCCUCAGUGGGCUUCACGACUGCGACGAGAAUGCUUUGUGCUUCAACAUGGUGGGAGGACACAGCUGCUCGUGCAAGCCGGGCUAUAGCGGCAACGGAACCAUCUGCAAAGCUAUGUGUGAUGGGUUGUGCCAGAAUGGGGGAACGUGCCUCUCACCCAACAACUGUGCCUGCCCGCAAGGAUUUACUGGCAAGAGAUGCGAAACAGAUAUCGACGAGUGUGCGGACGGCUUUAUGGAGUGCGAUAGCAAAUCCACUUGUGUCAACUUGCCCGGCUGGUACCACUGCGAGUGCCGCGAUGGCUACCAUGACAACGGCUUGUUUUCUGCCAACGGAGAGUCGUGCGUCGAUAUCAAUGAGUGCAAGACGGGCAGGAACACGUGUGCCAACGACACGGUUUGCUUCAACCUGGACGGAGGUUACGACUGCCGCUGCCCACACGGCCACAACUGCACCGGCGACUGCAUCCAUGAUGACAAGGUCAAGCACAGCGGGCAGAUUUGGGUGCUAGACAGCGACCGCUGCUCCGUGUGUUCUUGCCAGGCUGGCCAAGUGAUGUGUCGUAGGAUGGUGUGCGACUGCGACAACCCCAACGCCGACCUCUUCUGUUGCCCCGAGUGCGACCCGCGUCUGAGCAGCCAGUGUCUUCACCAAAACGGAGCUCUGACCUUCGGCAGCGGCGACACCUGGGUGGAGAACUGCCAACAGUGCCAGUGCCUGCAGGGGCAGGUGGACUGCUGGCCUCUGCCGUGCCCGCCUGUCGACUGCGAGUUCACGGCCGUGCCCGAGGGCGAGUGCUGCCCACGCUGCGUCAGCGACCCCUGCCAGGCCGACACCAUCCGCAACGACAUCACCAAGACGUGCACCGACGAGCACGGCGUCUCGCGCUUCAGCGGCUCCUCCUGGGUCAAACACGGCACCGAGUGCACCCUGUGCCAGUGCAAGAACGGACACAUCUGUUGCUCAGUGGACCCCAUGUGCCUUUAGUGGCUGGAAAGGCACCUGUACAGCAUUCUCCAUGUAAAAUACAGGAAAAAAGUCUAGGGAAAAAAAGAAGAAAAAAAAACAUCCCCAUCACCACCACCACAUUUGAAUGUCUCCCCACUGAUGUCGUCAGGCUUGUUUUUAGAGCGGCUGGAGGCGUACAAUUGAUUGUUAUUGUUUCAUUGUAAAUGCCAGCAGGUUUGGUGCAUUCAUAAAAAAAAUAAAAAAUUAAGUCGUCUUUCUACUAAACGUGUAUGACAACUAACAUGAUGAUGAUGAUGAUGAUGAUGGCCUUCACGCUUCGUUCAAGCAUCCACAUGAACCUUGUAAAAUAGAAAUAUUAACUGGCAUGACUGUGCUUGAUGUUCAAACAUUUUUUUUUUUUUGCAAAUUUCUUAAAUGCUAAUAUAAUGAUGAUAUUGAUGAGUCCUUAGCGCCUGAUACCACUCGUUUUGCCACUUAGCAGUCGUCUGUAUUAUGUGGUGCUUUGUAGCUUUUUAUUGCACUUUUAAGUUUCGGGUCAUAUUUUUCAUUUUUUAUUAUCUUUCUUUCCCAGCUUGUUAGUGUGUAAUAGUGAAAUAAAGUAUUUCCAUUA